AUAAUGCAGAGAGCAGCAUACUCCACCUCCUCCUUGAAUUUUACAAACCAGCACAAGUGAAAACGCUCAACAUGGGAAAAAAAUCUUUUUCGAACAAUGAAGCUUAUUACAUGAUUUGCCUUUUCCCCACAAACUUAUAUAAGCACACACAACCCGUUCCUUUUUUUUAAUCACUUCUUUUUUUUAUUCCCUUUUUCUCUUUACUCCUUCUCACUUCUCUUUCUUCCACUCCAUCUUCUGCACAAGUCAUAUCUGUACACAAAUCACAUAAUAAAAAAUAAGCAUGCAACACCAUAAUACAUCCGAAUACCAUCACAGUUCUGCUACAUCAUCAACAUCUGCUAGCACGGGUGCAACCGACAGACGGAGGAGACGGUCCAUGUCAUCUCAGUCGAGCGAGUUGUCUUCUGUAUCCGAUUCGUUUGAUCUACAAGACCUCGUCCAACAAUACAAAGCACAACCCGAGCUUUUAAAACUAAUUUUGGCUAGCAAAGUCGAAGAAGAUAAACGAAGGACUGAGGAGGCCAAACUACGUAUGAAAGAACUCGAUCUUAACCUUCGUAGAAAAGCCUCUUCUUCUUCUACUACUACUACUGCCAGUAAUAUUGCUGUCACUUGUCCACACCAUCAUCAUCACGACAACAGCGCUAUCCCAUCUAAACGUCGUAUGUCAUCUUCAUCCUUCUCAUCAUCGUCAUCAUCAUCAUCAACUUCCUCGUCUUUUGAAGAAUCUAUCAUGGAUCACCAGCGACGGAGAAACUCGGCUGCAUUUGCCAUGGUAGCCAUGGGUACACAGCAAUCGCCACCUCCUCCACCGUCAACAGCAUCACUUUCCCCUCCCGCAUCACCAUCGCAUUCAUACCCAUCACCAGAUUCCAUGUAUAACGGCAACCAGAACAGCAACAAUGGCAGCAGUAGUAACAGUAACAAAGACGAUGAUGACGAAGAACGACCACGAAAACGACGAGAGAUGCAGGCCAUCACAAAGAUAGUAGAGACCCGAGAAUUUCCGUACCAAGACGAUUACUUUUGGAAAAAUAACGGAAACACUACACAAAAAAAGACGGGCUGCAAAAGCAUCUACUACAAAUGCUCCAACAGCAACAAGGGCUGUCCUGUCAAUAAAACAGUUACUGCACGGCCCAACGGCGAAUAUUUGAUUAAAUAUCGAGGGAAUCAUUUACAAGAAUGUGGCAGGGUGGAGCGUGUACGCGAUAUCUAAAGAAUCAUAAUAUUCUAAUAGUAAAUAAAGAACUUGUAAUAAAAAGUUUGUAUUUUAUUCCAAAAUACUCUGUGGUUCGCGCUGCGAGAUCAAACUAUUAUAUGUUUCUCUCCUUUUCCGAUGAUUUCUUCAUACUUCACGUGGUCCAGGCUGGGAUAUAUAGUAGGGUUAUUAUUUUCGUUCAAAGUAAGAGGAGCUG